CCAAUGUGAGACGCAUCGCUGUGUGUUUUGUCCAAAUUUCCGAAUGCUAAGCCUUUUAAACCAAAUCCUUCCCGGAAAACAAUAUCGAUUAAUUAUUAUAUCGCCAUGAGCAGAUCAUGGGCGAUCCAUAAUCCACGAGCCAACGUCAAUAUUAUCCAAGUCUUAGCCAACUUUGGCAUUUGGAAUUUCCACCAUCAUUGACGUUCGACAGAUACGAAGCGGAGCAAACAAAAAUAUUUACACAAUGGCGAGAAACCAAAUAGUUACACGGCUUUCUGGGGCCCAAGAUCUGUAUAAAAGCCCUGAUCGGAGUCCGAUUCAAGCACAGAAAUCACCAUGCGCUUCUCAUUCGUUCUCCUGCUAGCGGUCCUCGGCUGCUUCCUGCUGGCCAAGGAGAGUGGCGCUACAGGCUCUUCCACAACCACCGUAGCUACAACCACCGCCGGGACUACAACCACCACCGCAGCUACAACCACCACUUCCGCGUCGGCCACUACGACUACAGCGACUACAGUCGCUCCCGACACCACCACCACCACAGUAGCAUCGGACACGACCACGACCACAACGUCAUCGUCCUCAUCAUCUGGCUCGAACUCAGCAGCGGCCAGGCGUCGCAGACGUCGUCGUCUAGCCCGCCAGCGCCAGCGCCGUGAGCGCCAGAGGCAGCGCCAGACCCAGAGGCUCCGCAACCGGGUCAGGAACCAGCGCCGCGUGAUCAACCAACUCCAAGGAUAAGCGGGAGAACAGGAGACAUAUCCACGACUCCCCAGAAAUCAUCCACUGAUGAAACACUUAUCUUUAAGCAUCGAUGAAAUAUGAAAAACAUACAAUUGAAUAUACGAGUAUUUUGAAAAUGUAUUCUGAUGUAAACUUAUUUAUAUCCAACUCUGGAUAAUCGAAUUUGGGAUCUGACUGAUUAUUCAAUUCACUUAAUCGUUCGCUAGUCUAGGAGAUCUUCUGUUCGUCUGAAUGGAUGGUUCCUAUAGACAUCGAGAAUAAUAACAUUAACAAUAAUUUUAACUAAAAAUAAUCGUCUUCACUGAGAGUUUUUAGAGAGAAAAAAAAUCCGUUUUUAGCCUGAUGACAAAGAGUACUACUGGCACCGCCCAAAUAAACGGUUGAAACAGCAUCAGGUCAAGGAAACCAUAAAGCAUGGAGGAGGCGGUCUGAUUGUGUGGGGUUGCUUCACU